AUGCAGGAAACUCCAAGUAAUGAAAAGGUCGCUGCCACUCCCAGACGCAGGCGUUCGGCUUCGUCAAGCAUGGUUUCGCCUUCGCCGAGUCGUAUAACGCGGGCAAUGAGAAGGGCUGGAGUGACUACCCCUAAAGAGGAAAAAACCCUUGAAGUUGUACAAGAGCUUCCUGCUGAUGACGAAACUGACAGUCGUUCAGCUGAAUUCCAUGAUGAGCCUUCCCUCUCUGAGCGAUCGUCCAAAACAAGCGACAUUGUUGAACAAACCCAGAGUUUAUCUGCAGGAGAGAGGUCCCUAGAUCAAAGUGACAACAACGAUUCGGAGCCGGAAGUGAGCUCUGGAGUUCUUGCAUCUCCCUCAAGAAGCUGUGAUAUCCUGUUAGAAGGUUCGCCCACAGAAAAAUCGAUGGUCGAGGAAACUGCAGAAGGAGCGAAGGAGGCGUCACUAGCUCUGGAGCCACAUAAGCACCAUACUACUACCGCAGAAGAAUCCUCUUCUAAAGAAUGCCAAGUUUCCUCGCCGAAGGAAUUAUCUGCUCAGGACCGUACCACCGAAGAGCAUUCGAAGUUAGUUAUGUUUCCCUUGGUUCAGAAGCCAGCUGAAUUGGAUGCAUCGGUCGCAAAGGAUGUCGGCGAGAAGUCACCUCGACGAUCAUCUGGAAAAGGAUCAGCAGGCGAUGAAGUGCUUUAUCAAACAGAGUCACAGCCAGCGCAACCAACUGAAUCACCUAUGAAAGAUGUCAGUUCCACGAAUUUGUCUAACUCCAUAAGAUCUUCAGGACCUGCUUCAUCGCAGUCUCUCCCUGAGGAAGCUGUCAUCGAGUCACAGAAAGGAGGAAUGUCUGUAGUAGAGGAGUCUACUGCAACGAGUACUCCGGUUGUAGUAGCUUCUCCUAAAGGGAAGACCGACGAUGAACAAUUACAAGAAUGUAAAGUAAAACAUGAUGGGAAAAGCAAACAUGAGAAGACGACAGAGGAAAUCCCUGUUGAAGAAUCGCUCGUUGAGACCCAACAGAGGAUAUUGUCUCCAAAGCAAGUGCUAAAAAAGGAAAUCGACUGCUCUGCAAAUUUUCCUGGCGACUUCGUUGCAAAUGCGAAGAAAACUACGAAGAGGCUCGAUACGGCUGACAGUUCUUUGGAAAACCUCCCUACCAGCGACGGUUCGAACGCUAAUGUUCUGGCAUUACCACCGAGGGUGGUAGCUGGUUAUCUUUCCGAUUCGAUGGGUCGUGGCGAUGCCAGAGCAUACUAUGGAGCUCACAUGAUGCGGCCGAAAUUCUACCGCAACGCAUUCGAAAGAGCAGUUUCCCGCUUGCUGGCUCACGUUUAUGGAGUAGAAAGUCGAAAAAGUGACUUACCAGUUGAAUUUCUUAAUGGAGAUUUGGAGGUGCUUUGGCAGUUCGUAUCGCACAGUGGCAAGCAGAUUAUCAAGGAGUUCCGAAAAAGAGAGCAUUUGCUUGAAUUCGAAGUGCAUUUGAAAGACGACAGUUCAUCCGAUGAAGGUGAGGAAUGGAACGAUGAAAGAGAAGAGUUGUCUUCUGAGGAGGAAGAGAAUGGGGAAGAGGGACGCGAGUUGCCGAAUUCAAACGAGGUUUCGGAAGAUUCGCAACAAUGUGAAGUGGGAGAGAUGGGUGAGAAUGAUGAUCAAAUAGAAAACAGAAGUAAAGUGCGCAAGAAGUAUCCGAAAUCAGCUGUUGACGACAAGUUUUUCAGUCUCGCUGAAAUGUCUGCUUUUCUUGAUGAGCAGGAUCGCAUGGAAGGAAAUGGUCCAAGCGUGUUGGACAGUAUUUGUGAUUCUGAGGCGGCCCCAGCUGACUAUGGUUAUGAAGACUUUUUCGGCAGUGAAGACAAAGUUGCAAAGAAUGAGUUGACGAAUAAGAAAGAGCAAAAGAAGAAGCGUAAUGCUGAUAAAAAUGAGCUAUCCAACAAGAAGAAGAAAUCAGUGCGAUUUGCAAUUGAUGAUGAAGAUCUCGAAAAGGAUGACGGAAGCGAAGUGUCAGCGCAAGAAUGUGAACCUGAGAUAACACAGGAGUCAGUUCUCUUAGGUGACGGAGAAGUGUCAGAACAGCCCCAAUCUAGCCUAAAGAAAACUCUCAAAAGGAUAAAACAAACAAUAGCAAAACUGGAGCAGGAAAAUCUUGCGCCACGAUCAUGGCAACUUAGUGGCGAAGUUACCGCUCAAGAUCGAGAAAAGGAUGAGUUACUCGAAACACACCUAAACUUUGAUCAUGGAGCCAAGAAAGUUGUUUUUUACAAGGCGUUCGACGAUGUUGUUCCUAAGAAACGUAUUGAAGAGAGGAGCGAGUCGUACAGAAAUCAAGCAAUAGAGGAACAGGAAAUUGUCAAAACUUCUUUAGCAGAGGUUUAUGAAAAGGAGUAUCAGAAAGCCGCUGGGGAAGUUGGUGCCCGCAAUGCAGUCAAUGAGGGACACGAAGUCAUUGAGAAACGAAUGCAUGAACUUUUCCGCCUUAUUGAUGCGUUGUCCAACUUUGACUACACUCCUCCUGAAACACGUCCCGAUGUUCGAGUGGUGUCGAACAUGGCAGCGCUAAGAGUUGAGGAGGUCGGUAUGAGUGCGUCGACCGAUGCUCAGCUUCUCGCACCUGAAGAGCUGAAGAAGCGCAUAAGAGGUGAUAUGAAAGCCGAUGGAGAGCGCAGUCGUACCGACAAGUUACGACAACGACGAAAAAAGAAAAACCGUCAGAGGUCACUGGCGGAAGUGUUCGGUGAAGAGAAAGUUAACGAAAAUCGGAAGAGGAAGAAAAACAAGGAAACUCCUGGAGAGGGAGAAGUGGGUGGUAGCGAGAAGAUGAGAAGUUCGACGUUCUUUUCAAAACUUCAGGAGGCUGUACGAAAUGUGAUGGGUCAACCUGGACAGGCGGCACCUGCAAUGCGGCAAAUGUAUCCAGCGCCUCCUGGCAUGAUGAAUUCGCAGGUACCUGGGCAGCCGAUGUAUGGUCAUCCCUCUCAGAUGCAACAAGCUCAAAUGUUACAGCAGCAGCAGCAACAACAACAACAACAACAGCAACAACAACAGCAACAAUACCAGUACUACAUGUCUCGUUUCCCACCUCAUUGGCAACAGGAAAUUCACGUUGAACAAAAUCAAGAGCGCAAGAAACAACUAUUCACGACGUUCAUGCGAAGGUUCAACACAAUGCAGCAACAGCAGUCGAAGAUGGUUUCGAACGGACAAGGUGCAAUGAUGCAUCAGCAAAUGAUGGGACAAGGCGGUGUAAUGGUAGGUCCUGGUGGGCAGCGAGCUCCGGCCGGUCCUGGCGUAUACGCUCAGCAGCAACCAGCAUCUGUAAUGGCACCUUCUUCUGGACCAAUGUCGAAUACCGUUAUAUCUGGUCCAGCAUCUGCCCCUAUGACUACACAACAAAUGAGGAUGUCUGGUCUUAUGGCUGGUGGUCAGAGUGCGGGUUCACAGCAAAUUAUGUCUGCUUCGUCGAUGAAUCCGCAGUCGACGGGUCAUAUUGGUUCUGGAGCCAGCCCGCAGGUCCAUUCCUCGUUUUCUGGUCAUCAAGUGGCUGUCGGUUCUCCGCAUAUGUCAGGCGUUGGUACUGUGGGUGCAGUGUCGAAUUCGCCAUUAUCUUGUGUUCAGCCGUCCACACCGCAAAACCCAUCCUCCGUGCAACCUGGCAGUGUCGGUCCUGGGAGUCAGCAACCGGGCUCGGUGCCCAGCCAAGAGGAAAACACGAAGGAGUACAAUGAUCUGGUGGAAAGCUUGAAAGAACAGUACUAUGAGAAGCUCAAACGCAUUGGAGAUCGAUGCGAUUUGGACAAUAGCCCGAAACCGACAGGAUUCGAUCGACUCAUGGAGAUUCUGGAUCGCAAACGGAGGGUGUCGCAAUCAUUACUGGAAAAGAUCGUGGGAAAUGUGCGCACGAUUGUAGAACGUUCUAGCCUUACUUAUCCAGUGAUUGAAACAUUGCGGCAAAUCGAAGCUGAAGGACAAACUUUGGCUUUUCGCGGUGGUUGUACAGACGACCAUCCCAAUUCUCAAUCAAACCUACCUCAGGCUGUUCUAGAUCCAUGGCGAUCGGUUCGACAUCUCAUGAUUAGGGUACCUGAACAUCUAGCGAUUCUAAGUAACUCCGAUGACGCUUCAACAGUUGAUGUUGGUGCAGUGAAGUCAUCAAUAACCAGCUCGUCAUUGAAGCGUUCCGCUCCUUCGGAUACUAGUGAUUCUGGGACUGAGGCGAAAGUGGAAAAGCUUGACGAUUCAUCUCACUCAGACCAGAACAUUGAUUCAUCCGAUGAAGAAAACAUGCGAAUCAAGAUUGACUGCCUGUUUGAUACCCGCCAGCCGUGGCGAAUGUCGGUAGCGGCUUCUCGCGAGUUGAACGAAUUGCCUUGGCGUGUAGAUACAGAUUGCUUGCCAGCUUCCAGUCACAGCCCCGAUGCUGUGAUCUGUUUCGAUUCGGAUUUGGCAAAUGCUCGAGCGCAGUUUGUCGGUGGCACCAUCUCGCUCUUUGACCCAUAUUCAUAG